UUUCCAAAGGCUAGAAUAUGAAAUGUGCUUGUAAAAAGUCUCACUAAAACUUCUCACUAUAUUUUUAAUGGUUUUUUAAUCCCCUUAUAUCUGAGUUGCUUUUUCCUAAUCCAAGAUGAAGGAGUACGGGGAGGUGAUAUUUGUGGAUCAGCUUAAACACAUUCGCGUCGUGGCCAGUCAGAUUGAUAAGACUCGCAUUAACUGGGAAAAAAAUAGCGCUUGGUUUGCAGAUGCGCAAAGGGAGAAUUACUCCCGAUACGCGUCCAUUUACGCCGAGUGCAGGGAAAAAUACGGAGAUGAAAAAUAUGGAUACUACGCCAGGAGAAACCGUCUUCGCGCAGAGUACACUGUUAAGCCAAGGACGACGACAUGGCCAAAAAUCCGGUACGCAAAUGAAUCCAUGACCCACUUGAAAGGAUAUAAGUACCCCAAGACGACCAAUGGCGAGUAUGGCAGUGUGCGCCCAUCGGAAUUAUUCUUCUGCUUCUAAAUUCGUUUCGAGUUACGGCUUAAAUGUUAUUUUUAAAAACCUGAGAAAUCAAUUUUAAAAAUACUAUUUUACCUUUGUAAAUAA